AUGGACGUGGACAGCAGUUUGUUUAACGAUGCGAUGGGAACUGUCAAGAGACUCAUCUACGAAUUUGGAAAGAUUACUGCCGUUGACGUUCUCUUUAAUAGUUUAAAUAAAAUCUUUUCCAUCAAAACUGUCAAAGUCGAUUACGAAUUGUCACCUGGUGUGUUCAUCACUAGAGAUCAAUUUCCCUUGUGUAUUGCAUAUGCAAUUUCUAUCCACAAAUUACAGGGAAUACGCGUCGAUGGUGUCAUUGUUGAUUUGGGUACCGGCGUUUUCUCCGACGGUAUGGCUUAUGUAUCUUUGUGCAGAACGCGCAAACUGUGCAACGUUCGCUUGAUUGAUCCUGAUCCAUCGAAUUUGAUUAUGUACGAUUCCUGCACUUGGAAAGAAUACAACUGA